AUCAGGAACCCAGACCUCGACGGGCAGCUCCGCAGUCCAGCAGGCCUCCUCUGUCGCUCAGGACUAUGACAGUACCGGACAAUCAGCUGCAGCUGGCACUGUCGCCCCGGCCGAUACCAGCUCGUCUCAGAGCACUACGACGGCCCCCGUGAGCACGACCGCAACUCCGACUGCAACCACUGCGACCCCAACCACGACGCCGACUGCGACCAGCUCAACCUCUACGAGCACUGCGCAGUCCAGCGCCGCGUGCAAGGCGAAGAAGCGUCUGCGCAAGCUGUAGAUGAAGGGCUCGGCGUGUUUGUGUAAGGUGUUCUCAAGCUCCCCGAGGCCAUGUUGUCAAGUCCGGCCGCCCAGGUCCCCUUUGUUAGGUCUCAUUGCAAACGUAGAUUCAUUGGAACUUCACUAAAUUCAUAAAUAAAAGUAGCGUUCGUGCAUUGUUGUGAACUUGUACGUGUGCGCUUCCAGUUCGCUCUAGCUGCGAUACGGUGGGCAGACCCAGCGAGCCAUAAAAACCUGGAUAUCUGCAAUACCUCUCAUUUACAUAGGCGACGUUGCACUGACACAAUCAGACACCGAGCGAGACGAAGCAUGUGUGGAUCUAUUAUACAUGUUGAAGUUGUCUCCAAGGUCUUUGUGGUCUCAUCUUGGUGAGCUUCGUGCAGAUAAGGAGGAGCCGGAAGCGGCAGCAGACCACUGCGUGAACCGAUUCAAGGAGAGACCGAAUCCUUUUCCUAGCGCCUAGGCAUCUGGCAAAGCCGCGGCGUGCAGCCCGUGACCAUGACGAGCUCGGGCGUGCCUGCCUCAACUCUGAAGUUCAGGAGUGAAGUUACGACCAUCUGGUUCCGACGACUGUCUAGUCACCCCGCGAGAAACGGUCUCGAAAUCCGGGGUGCGUCCAGUCACUCAAAUGAAAGAGGAAGCCCUUGUGGCGCGUCGAACUCGACGGGCGGCGAGCGCGAAACAUUCGAGGAUCCGUCAAGUUUCACCGGCGCUCGAGCGCACCAUCGCGUGCGUGGCAGAACAACUUUCGCGUUUCGGCAGGUUCCGCUUGAGCAGCUGGCGCACGAACAAUGAAAGCCUCAACUCAACUCAAGCUCACACGCAUGGUCUUAGGUAGCAGGGCAACGCGUCCUCGUAGCGCGCUUAUUAGGGCUGCGGUCGAAGUUCGGACAACCAAGAGCUGCACUUGACACUUUGCCCCCAGAAACGACCACUAUCACCGAGAGCCACCAGCGGUGGAGGCUCGAACCAACGCUACACUCAGCGGCCGAUCACUCAGCGUACCAUCGUCUUGCUAAUUAGUUGCGCGCCGCCCUGGUCUGUGGCCCGCGCACCAAUGUUUCAUUCUGCAAUUUGCCAAGCACCACACCAAACCGUAUCCAGCAACGCGUGAGUGAGGCUGCAGCACGAUGCUCCGCAAGAUCCUGCACUCGCGUCUAGUGGUCGCCGCCGUGUCCUGCGUGGCGCUCGCCUUGUCGUCCUCCAUUGCCGCUGCUGAAGACCUCUGCUCCAUCGUGCCAGCGUCGUACACGGGGGCCAAGUCGGACCACCCGGAGCUCACGACGGCUAUCGAGACGCUGGAAAAGUACGCCAUCGCGUCGUGGUACACGGAUCGCAUGAGCAGCCAAGAGCGCUCGGACAUGGUGUCGGGGCUGCUGAGCCAGUGCUCCGAGGACACGCGCCUCAGCAUCGUGGUCUACGGCAUCCCCAACAAGGACUGCGCAGCUGGGCUGUCGUCGGGAGGAAGCGUGACCAGCACGAGCGACUACCAAGCCUUCCUCAAGGAGCUCACGGACGGCGUCGGCGACCGCAAGGUGCUGUACGUCGUGGAGCCGGACGCACUGGGUCUCCUCACGCAAGACGGAGGCUGCGGCGCGUCGGCGGGGUACCUCGACAACCUCAAGAUUGCGGUGGCAGCGCUGUCCGCGAACGCCAACGCCGAGCUGUACGUGGACGUCGGCUACUGGAUGCUCGCGUACGGAGACAGCGCCAGCAAGGUCGCUACCGUGAUGAAGGAGCUCGGCAGCUCCGGCCGCGUCAAGGGCGUGACCAUCAACACGUCCAACUACCGCUCCACCGACGAGUGCGCCGGGUACUGCACCAACUUCCAGUCGGCCAUGGGCUCGAGCGACAUGAGGUGCAUUGUCGACACGUCUCGCAACUACAACGGCUCCCCCAACAGCGACUGGUGCAACGUCCCCACCGCUGGUGUUGGCAAGCCGCCGACAUCCGAGACGGGCGUGUCGAACCUGGACUACUUCAUGUGGAUCAAGCCGCCUGGAGAGAGCGACGGCGAGUGCGCGACGGGUGGCACUGCGGCGGGCUCGUUCUACCUCGAGGGCUUCACGUCAUUGUGGGACCAAGGCUACUUUGUGGCGGAGCAGGGCAUGCCCAAGAUCGGCGACAGCUCCAGUACUUACACGCAGUCGCCUGCGACGACAGCUCCUGCCAGUGGCUCGAGCAACGCUGGCCAGACAACUUCGACAGCGACAACCGCUCCGAGCGGCGGCAGCUCGAGCUGGAGUCAGGAAACCACUGUCGGAACCGUUGCCCCGGCCGACACGACGCAGACCGAGGCCCCCGCCGCCACGACAGCCACCCCUUACACCGCCACCACGACUACGGUCACUACCAGCCCAUCCACAACGGCACCCGUGUCGGGAACUGCAUCGCCAUCGACGACCGUUUCGCCUGUCACGACGACCACGGCACCGACCGCAGAGACUGCAUCUACUACCACCCAGCAGUCCAAUGCUACGCAGAGGCGCACCGCCUGCAAGGCCAAGAAGCGCCUGCGCUCGCUGUAAUCGAUGUGGGGUGUAUGUUACACUUGUCUAAGUUAGCUCAAGUUAUGUAGAUUGCUGCCAAGUCGCUCUGCACCGCAGGAAGGUGCUUACCGCUACAGACUCAUGUUUCGUACGUGUGAUUAAUAGAUGUCCGUAAGAGACUUUGUUCCAGCCGGCUACUUUUCACGUUGCUGUUAUCCCACCCCAAAAUGGAAAUGACCCCCUCCCCCCGCCGCCGCACACACCCCCCCACCACCACAACGAAGGCAGAUCCCAUUGCUGCCACCGCGCUGCUUGCGUCAGCUCAAUCUGGUGACGAAUCAAUAUGCCUUUCAGUGUACAAACUCAAGAACGUCGGCAAAGUCAAACAGGAAUACGUCACGGUUUUCUGCUUACGGAAUUAUCACUAACUUAGCCGAGCGGCGCGGGAUAUGAUUCAUUGCCUGUGCACCGCCCAUUAGUGAAAACUCCUCGUUUCGCAGAAGCCUCCUACCCCAUAUUCACCAUGUCGGCGAUCCCCGCGACGUUCAAGGCCUACCAGUACGAAAGCUUCGGACAAGAUCCGCUCAAGGAGAUCAAGCUCAACCCCAAGGCCGAACAGAAGCCGCUUCGUCCUGGCGAGGUGCGCGUCAAGGUCUUCAGCGCCGCCUUGAACCCGAUCGACUACAAGAUGAUCGCAUACGGCCCCGCUCUCGUGUCCACGCGCCCGACGCCCGAGAACCCGUUCCGUCUGGGCUUCGAUCUGGCCGGCAAGGUCGUGGAGCUCGGCGGCGACGUCAAGGACUACGUCGUCGGCGACGAGGUGUACGCCAUGCCGUGGCUUGACGCGAUCGGCAGCUUCGGAGAGUAUAUCAACGUGGACACCAAGUUCCUGGCGCACAAGCCAACCAACAUGUCGUGGAACGAGGCUGCGGGCGUGGCCAAACGAGCUGGCAGGCCAUUCAUACGUACGGCAAGCUGCAAAAGGGCCAGCGCGUGCUCAUCGUCGGCGGCAGCAGUGGCACGGGCUCGUUUGCCAUCCAAAUCGCAAAGGUUGUUGGCGCGGAGGUGAUCGCUACGUGCAGUGAGCGCAACGUGGAGCUGGUGAAGUCGCUCGAUGCCGACCGUGUCAUCGACUACACCAAGGAGAAGUGGAGCGAGGUGCUGGAGGCGCAUUCUGUUGACCUCAUCUACGACUGCGACUUCGAGGCCGGCUCGUGGAACGUCGAGGCUCAGAAAGUAUUGAAAGAGCAGACCGGCAUCUUCGUGACCAUCGGCGUGAUCGACAAGCCCGUGGACUCGCCCAUUGGGGCUACGCAGCACCAGAUCUUCAACGCGCCCUGCGCUGCGUUCUUGCUGGAGCUGAAGGAAUUGGCCGAGGCGGGCCAGCUCAAGACCAUCAUCGACUCGGUGCAUCCGCUGGAAAACGUCAUAAUCUGUUUAUCCCACCGGGCGAAGGGCAAGAUCGGCCAAGGAGUAAACGCUAGGGUGUACACUCGAUGGUAUACACUCACGGCUUUGGAAGACGAACGAUGAUUCGAAUGCCUGUAGCGCACGGUAAGCCCUACGAAUCCUUCCUGUGUCAAGCCCAAUGCAUUGCAUCAUGCAUGGCUCUGCAUUUAUACGAGUACAGUGUAGUAAAUCUCAACGCAAGGUAAUGUAACGAAAAGCCUUGCAUUAAUCAUGCCUUUCAUCAGUUUAAUCCUUAGUGGUCCUCGUGUAGCCGGCAUGAGCACUUCACGCUUUGGCACACACACCUCGCUAAUAUCUGCUACUGCUGCCUCUCAACAGCAAUACACUCAGUGCUUCCCACCCGUCUACUCCUUGGCCACCUCGAUGAUGAUCUUGCCCUUGGCGCGGUGCGACAUACAGAUCUUCAUGGCCUCCACCAGGUUCUCCAGCGGGUGCACCGAGUCGAUCACCGUCUUGACGUGGCCGGCCUCGAUGAGCUUCUUGAGCUCCAGCAGGUACUCGGUGCACGGCGCGUUGAAGAUCUGGUGCUGCGUGGCGCCGAUGGGCGACUCGAUGGGCUUGUCGAUCACGCCGAUGGUCACGAAGAUGCCGGUCUGCUCCUUGAGCACCUUCUGCGCGGCGUCGUUCCACGACUGGGACUCGACGCCGCAGUCGUAGACCAAGUCGACCGAGUGCUCGGCCAGCACGUCGCUCCACUUGUCGCUCGUGUAGUCGAUGACCUGGUCGGCGCCCAGCGACUUGACCAGCUCCACGUUGCGGUGGCUGCACGUGGCGAUCACCUCGGCGCCCAGCGCCUUGGCGAUCUGGAUGGCGAACAGACCCGUGCGGCUGCUGCCGCCCAGGACGAGCACGCGCUGACCCUUCUGCAGCUUGCCGUACGUGACGAGCGCCUGCCAGCUCGUCUGGCCGGCCAGCGGCACGCCGGCCGCCUCGUUGAACGUCAUGUUACUGGGCUUGUGCGCCACGCGCUUCGUGUCCACGUUCAGAUACUCGGCGAAGGUGCCCGUGGCGUCGAACCACGGCAUGGCGUACACCUAGUCUCCGACCGCGUAGUCCUUGACGUCGCUGCCGACCUCGACCACCUUGCCGGCCAGGUCGUGGCCCACGCGGUACGGGUUCUCGGGCGACGCCAUGGUGGACAGGAUCAUGGACGCGUAGAGACCGAUCUUGUAGUCGAUGGGGUUGAGC